AUGGCGUCUUUAGAAAUGGUUUCGACACAGAUGUUCGAAUGUAACAAGAAAGAAAAGGAUCUCAAAGUUUUAGUAAGAGAUCGAUUCGACGCUUUUCCUGUUGAUAAUUCUGGAAGUAACCAAGAUGGAAAGAGUAAAGAUGUUCUUGAAUGUUCUUCAAGAUCCUCUGUUUCAGAAACAGAGGAAUCUUUGCAGACACUUUCUUCCAACUCUUCUCCACUAGAGACCAAUUCAAAUCUGUUUUAUAAUCCGGGUCAACCCGAGAACCCGUCAAGAAACGAGAUCAUCAUAGGAGCUUCUUAUCUGGUUCAGAUUUGGGAAGCUAGGUCGCAACAUUCAAUCUCGAUUCAAAAUCAAUCCCUUAUCGAUAGCAGGACGAGUUCUGGACUUAGCCUCUCCGAGAAUUCGAGUCCAGGUUCCUUUUUUGAAUCUCCCGGUGAAGAAAUAGACUGGUUUUCACAAUCAGACAAGAGUUAUGUUACAGAAUCUGGCCAGAAAGAGAGAGAAGCAAGAAUCAGUUUUCCUCCGUUGGUAAGGAUAAGAGGAAAGCAAGCAUUUGACGAUUUCUCUAUGAUGAUUCUGUCUGACCGCAAAAAGGAUCUCAAGUGGCUUCUCAAUUGCAACGCGGUUUCAAAGUUCUCAUCUCGAGGUUUCGAGCGUCUUCAGGUACUACUUUUCUCUAAUCCCAAACUUUAUAUGCUUAGGAUCCGGAGUUUCGAAAGGUACAUUGCGAUUCAAGAAAUACAUUGGUUGAAAUCAGCAUCACAUGCAAAACGGUCUUUCCGAGUGAAAAAGAUGUUAACGGCCAAUGAAACUGCAGAAACAAUGAAGAAAAGUAACCAAAGGGAGACUCAGGAAACGGUUUAUAAGCCGAGCAUGGCCAAGAAAGCGGUCUUUAGUGAAGAUGGUGACAGUAAGAAACCUGAAGUUGUGGGCAAAGCUACUGAUAAAGGAGAAGGAUCAGAUAUAGCCUUUGAAAAAGCUAUUGUGAAGGAAAGUGUAGAAAAGAACAAGACUUCAUUAAGUAUCUUGGAGAAGGUGAGUCUUUGGGAUUCUAAGGACACGAGAAACAAAGACAAGGCUGCAAGAAGAGUCAUUGAUGUGGAGGAUGUAGAGAGAAACAAAGAAAGGGCAAAGAAAGAAGAAGAAGGCAAGUCCAUGGAGAUUGAGGAAUUUAGAAUCAAUCCUCAAGAAAAUGCAUCAGAGAUUAGUUUGGAUGAAAGAAAGGAAGAAGAAUCUGAGAGUCCCCUAUCAAGAGAGAGUGGCAAUGAGGAAGAAUCUUCGCAAGAUGAUGAAGAAACAUCGAAAGCCGAGAAGCAAGAAGAAUCGGAAGCAUUUAGUCUGAUCCUUGAAUCACCAAUAUUUAUAAAUGGUUGGGAUGAAAGUGAAAUGGAAGAUGAAGACUACAUUGGAGAGAUUGAGUAUUAUGAUUGGGUUAGCGAUAUAUCUCGGCCACGGAGUUAUUGGGAAGAUCUCAGGAAGCAAAGGGAGCUUGAGGUUAUUGAGUAUUCAAAGAAAGAUGAUAUUCGUAACAUGAUUAAUACAAGGACGGUUUCUAGCUUCCUUGCUAGUGAUUUUCGAGAAGAUAUCGAUAGAAUUUUGAUCUCACAAGCGGAAAAAAGGUUACAAGUAGAAAUGAAAUCUGACGAAAAAGAUAGCGAGGAGUGGAUGGUUGACUCUUCAGCAAGGUACCAAGAGAAACUAGAAGAGAAUGAAACAGAGGAGAUAGAUCUUGAGACUGUAACUCUGAUCAAUAGUUUCAGUCAAUACCGUUCAGUUUCAGAUUCUCUGAAAAGAAAUAGUUCUGACUGCUUCGAAAUGCCUGUAGACUCACUUGUGUAUAGGUGUGGGCAUGAGCUUCAAUGGAGUAGUAAGAAAUGUCCGGAUCUGUAA